GCGAUGAUGUCAUAAUAUCUGCCAUUUUGAUUAGCGAUACUUUGGGCGCGAUAGAAGUGAUUUGUCCUCUAAGGAAGUAGAUCGCAAAUCAGGACUGUGAAUACUCUUCGGUCAAAAUGCUGUCUGCGGCCCAAUUACUCGAUGAGUUGAUGGGCCGGGAUAGAAAUUUGGCUCCGGACGAGAAGCGCUCUAAUGUGAAAUGGGACGACGAAAGCGUGUGUCGAUACUAUCUGUGUGGCUUUUGUCCAGCAGAGUUGUUCACGAACACUCGCUCCGAUUUGGGUCCCUGCGAGAAAAUCCACGAUGAAAAUCUCAGAAAAACGUAUGAGAAAAGCUCUCGAUUCAUGAAAGAAGGCUAUGAGCGAGACUUCCUGCGCUACCUGCAGUCGCUCUUGGCAGAGGUGGAGCGUCGUAUUCGAAGAGGACAUGCUCGUCUAGCUUUAUCUCAGGCGCAGCAGAAUGCAGGGGCGCCACCACCAGCUGGGAAGAAUGAAGAGAAGUCACAGGUUUUAACAGAGAAGAUUGAGGAUCUAGUUGAACAGAUUGAGGAGCUGGGCUCUGAGGGCCGAGUGGAGGAAGCGCAGGGGAUGAUGAAACUGGUGGAGCAGUUGAAGGAAGAACGGGAGCUGCUUAGCUCCACCCCCUCAGAAAAACAGAUGGAGGUGUGCGAGGUGUGUGGGGCCUUUCUCAUCGUGGGCGAUGCCCAGUCCAGGGUGGAUGACCAUUUGAUGGGCAAGCAGCACAUGGGAUACGCCAAGAUCAAAUCCACUGUAGAGGAGCUGAAGGAGAAACUACGGCGUCGCUCAGAGGACCCGCCAGGAGAAAAUCCAGUUGUGAGGAGGGACAGGGAAGAUCGGGAGCGCGAGAGGGAGGAGAGGGAGAAGAAACGCAAAGAAGAGGAGGAGAAGGAAAAGGAGCGAGAGAAAGAACGGGAGAAGGAGCGCGAACGGGAGCGGGAGCGAGACCGCGAACGGGAGCGUGAGAGAGACAGAGACCGGGACAGAGAGCGAAGAUCUCGUAGAAGCCAUUCCAACAGCCGCCACUCCAGCCGAGCGUCUGACAGGAAAAGAAGCCGAUCCAGGGACCGCCGGAGGUCCAGGAGUAGAGACAGAGACCGAGAGAGGGACAGGGACCGCAGACGCAGCAGGAGCCGGGACCGUGACCGGGACAGGGAGAGGGAAAGGGAGAGGGACAGGGAUAGACGGCGCAGCCGAGAGCGGUCAGACCGCAAGCGUCGCUCUCGCAGUCGGGACAGGAGGAGGUCUCGCAGUCCGGAGCGCAAAUCUCACCGCCAUCGCAGCCGCAGCAGAGACAGAGACAGGGAAAAAGACAGAGACAAGGAAAAAGACAGGGACAAGGAAAAAGACAGGGACAAGGAAAAAGACAGGACAAGGGAGAGGGACUCGGACAAAGAGCACUCGUCUAAGGACAAAGAUCGUAAGACGACAGAAGAGCGGAGCAACGGCUCCAAGAAAGAUAAGCCCUCUGAAGAUGACCCGCCUUCCAUCAAGUCCUCCUCCCAAGUGGAACCCAUGGAGACAGAGGCUCCGGCCUCUGUCUCCUCUCCGCUGCAAAAUGGCCAGCAAGAGCUCCUCCAAUCUGAAGGUGACACUCAGUCCAAUUAAAACUGAUCUGAUAGGACCUCAGAUCAGGCUCAGGUAAGUGCAUCCUCCUCCGCGCUCCUCCCUGGCUCUCAACCCAACCCACCACCCCUCCCUCAUCCCAUCCCCCGACCCCUCCCCUCUCCCUGACUCACACCCUGUUUAGGUCCAUGAAUGCACUUGACUCUGCUCUUAUGAACCAUGUGUACAUGCCUCCAUAUCUUGAUCCUGUUUUCAAAUAUGAGCUGAGGAUGAAGAACUAGGCCUGAUGAGUGAGAAGAAGGUGUAGAACAUAAGCACAGUCCAGAGGAAGGGGCCAGUGUAGCUGCCCGGAGGUACCCCUCGGUUUCCAUCUUCAUAGAUGUUUGUAAACAGCCGGCAGAAACACUUGAAGUCAAUUCACUGUGUCAUGUUGAACCUAGAGUUAGAGGCGGCGCUGCCUCCGUGGAAUUUGUUAGAACUUUUAGCUCAUUCUUACUUUUUUUUUCCUCCUUCAAUACAUCAACCAUUAACCAUAACUCAAAUGCCAUGGAUUUGUUGUCCAGCUUACUGUGCCUCAUGAUGCCAUGCCGUGUGUGUGUGUGGGGGGUGCUAACAGGGCGGGGCUUAACGCACCUGACUAACUGGAGGGUAGGGUCUAUGGAAUGAAUUGCAGCUGACUUCCACACCUCACACAGCGUUGGUGUUGUGAGCGAGACCACAUGAGAAAAGGGCAAAUUAAAAAUGAUGGCUACUCUGACUGUCAAACUGUGCAGGUACUCACCCCAGGUACUCCUUUCUCUACCCACAUCCAUGUUUGAAUGCUGUUGCUGUUAUGCUGUUGCCAAUUGACUGUAAAGAUUAAAGAACAAACCGCAGACCUCUUCCUCUCUGGAACAAGAGCCUGUGAACGCUGAAUUGUUUUCGGAGAGGGAGGAGCUGGAAGUGAAAUUGGACAUUCCCAGCCAACUCAUGUGAAUGUAGCGCAUUUAAAAAGUUGGUCCAAAGUUGGUCAUACCUUAUCAAUGAACAGCAUUUCCAGCCAAAUGCCGUCCAGUCUUGAAAUGUGCAUUGUGCCAGUACCAGGACAGUGUUGUGCAACGUUGGGCUUCCUUCUGAAACUGUGUUGGAUGAACAGCGUCUCUGUGGAGGGUCUCUCCUAACACCCCACUCUGUGGUCGCUUCUGCUCCCCAGGGGAAGCCGGGCCGACUUGAUGGAAGAUUGUGGAAGAGCGCACCCAUCCUUACCUUGAACCUGACACGUCGCUGCUUAAACACAAGGUGAACCACAAGUGUGUAGUGGCUUGUAUUUAAGAACACAAACUAGUAGUCUGAGGGAGAAAUCACAGUUUUAUUCCCUGAAGGUAGCUGUGGUUCAUCUGUUUUUUUUUUGCUUUUUUUUUUUUUUUAAUUCUUUUUUUUUUUUUUUUUGUUCUUGAUGUCGACCCGACGUCAUGGAAAAUACCAAACUUAAAAGCAGAGUAUCUUAUUUUGACAAAACUUGUGCUUUGUCUUUUCUUUUAGCCGAUAAAGUCCAAUGAAACGGUGCUUGUGGUUUGUUCUUGGUUCAGCAGAUUCCACUUCUUGAGGCGACUUUUGCAGUCGAGCUUCUGUACAAUGUUGGUCCAGUGACACGGUUGUGCUUUUUAUAGUUCCAUUUUUUUCCUAACUUAGAGCUGCCGUUUGAAUGCUCUGCCCACCUCUCCCUCCCCCACUGUACAAUUUACUGCUUCAGUUCCAAUAUUUUGUUUGAGUUUAUCAAUUCACUCUGCUUUUAUUGUUCGUGUCUGGAUGAAUAAAUAGUAAAAACAUGUUGACUUGUGUUCUUUGUGUGUG